GUCACACUGGCGGCUUGAUAGCGAGAAAGAGGAAGAGAGAAGUCAGUGGAAUUAAGAGAUUCGAUUGGCAAUUCGCUGUCCGAAAGUUUCAUUAAUACGACCGCCGAAGCAGAAACCAAAACUCCGGCAUGGCAGCCUCAUUGCGAAGAUUCCACGGCUUAAGAUUGCUGAAAUCGACCCCAGCCCUCAACCUGCAGCAGGCGAAGAACCUUUCAUCCACCGGCAGCUGGGCAAGUGGCAACAAGAAGCUGAUCGGAGCCUUGGGAGCGAUUACCGGCGGCGUUGGAGCCCUUCUCUUCGCCUUGGAGCAGUCCGUGCAGGCGUCCGGCGGUGAGGUGCACUCUCCAGCCCAGGCAUGGAAUCACAAGGGUCUGCUGGACGCCCUGGAUCACCAGAGCGUCCGUCGUGGCUACGAGGUGUACAAGCAGGUCUGCUCCGCCUGCCACUCUAUGCAAUACAUUGCCUACCGCAAUCUGGUUGGUGUCAGCCACACCGAGGCCGAGGCCAAGGCUGAGGCCGAGCAGAUCACGGUCAAGGAUGGUCCGGAUGAUACUGGCAACUACUUCGAUCGCCCUGGCAAGCUGUCGGACUACUUCCCGUCGCCUUAUCCCAACGAGGAGGCGGCCCGUGCUGCCAACAACGGUGCCUAUCCUCCGGAUUUGAGCUACAUCGUUUCGGCCCGUAAGGGCGGAGAGGAUUACAUCUUCUCGCUGCUCACUGGCUACCAUGAUGCUCCUGCCGGAGUGGUACUUCGUGAAGGCCAGUACUUUAACCCGUACUUCCCGGGCGGUGCCAUUUCCAUGGCCCAGGUGCUGUACAACGAGGUCAUCGAGUAUGAGGACGGCACUGCGCCUACUCAGAGCCAGCUGGCCAAGGAUGUGGCCACUUUCCUGAAGUGGACCUCCGAGCCGGAGCACGAUGAUCGCAAGCAGUUGCUGAUCAAGGUGAUUGGAAUCCUCGGCUUCCUAACUGUCGUCUCGUAUUACAUUAAGCGACACAAGUGGUCAUCGCUCAAGUCGCGAAAGAUCGUGUUCGUGCCCAAGGAUAAGAAGUAGAUUGUUUGAAUUUGAUUUUCGAUGGUGUGAAGAAUUGCAGUGUUAUCGCGGCUUUACCGACUAAUAAAGAUAAAUCAAUUUUAAGCAAACCAAACAACACACAAAAACCAGCCACCAAGUCAAUGUUCUCUCUCAAAGAAAAGAAACCAAAACAAUGCGAUUUGCGAGAGCCAACAAUACGAUCUAAAUAAAACUAGCUAAAACAAUAAUGCCACUUGAGAUGUCAGAUCGGAGAAAUCACAGAGGGGAUCUAAAGCUAAAGAAACUAUGAGAGUCUAGCAAAAUGUAACGAGGAUGGAUAAUAUAACAUUGAUUGUGUAUAACAUCUAUAAUUCAAAUUAUGUAUUUAAAGAAAAUAAACAAUUGACAAACGGAAAUGAUUUCCAAGAGA